AAAAUCACUCAGAAAUAUGUGAUUUCCUCGAAAUUUUGAGAAGCAAAAUCUUUUGGGUAGAUCGUAAAGAAUCUGUGGUAAUAUCUAAAUAUGAUUUCCAAUAAUCCAACGAGAUGUGCAGCUUGCAGAUUUUUGAGAAGAAGAUGCCCUCAAGAUUGUGUUUUGGCCCCCUAUUUUCCCUCCUCCAAUCCAGAGAGAUUUGCUUGUGUUCAUAAGAUCUUUGGUGCCGGCAACAUUACCAAAAUGUUAGAGCAACUUCCAGUCCAUUUAAGAGAAGCAGCAGCAGACUCCAUGUUUUACGAGGCAUCGUUACGCGUUGAAGAUCCAGUUUAUGGAUGUGUUAGAAUUAUUUCUCAAUUGCAACACCAUAUAUUGGAGGCUCAAUCCGAGAUACUCAAGACAAACGGUCAAAUAGCAUCCUACAUUGCACAACAGCAACUGCACCAGCAGCAGCAAAAUGUUGUUCAUGGUGCAAGUUACCAGCAAGACAUGCAGAUCAGUGAAUAUUCGGGGGUUGGCUGGGACGUGCAAACUUUAGCAAAUGACUCUUACUUUCACACAUAAAGAUGUGCAAAUCUUUGCAGACGUGAGCUAUGCCAGUUAGCGAAGGCAGUGUGCCGACUACAUGCAUUCAAGUUCAAAUUCUUCUCCCUAGGGAUUAGAAUAGCAUAGAAUAUCGUUUUUGUCAGAACAAACAG